AUGAGAUCUUCCAUUCCUGUAUUGACCUUUGCCGCCGCUGUGACUGGUGUGCAAGCUUAUCAACAGCAACUUGACAUUCCCGAUUCCGCAUUCACAUCGUGGCAACUUCCUACUGCCGUAUCAGGGCCAUGCGACGUCUCAAUUGGACCGGAUAACUUUGUAUACGUGCAGGAGUUCUUCGCCAACAAGAUCGCGCGAUUCAAUCAAAACACUGGUGAAUUCACGGAGUAUGACAUUCCAUUCACUGUGCCAGGAUUAGAUAAUUUCACUUUACCACUACCUGGUCACGCAAAGUUCGAGCUUCUAUCGUGCGCCAUUCGUACUGGUUAUGAUGGAUACAUGUACUUCAGCAAUGGCGCUCAUAACCAGCUCGUGCGUCACGAUGUCCACAGUGGUGAGACAGUUGUCUUUACUCCCNCACCAUCGCUCUUGAGUAUUCUCGGAAAUCUUCAACCUCUGAACGACUUGACUGCCGCUCCGGAUGGCAUCUAUUUCACGCAGACCACUGGCAACCAGGUCACCAAGUUCGACUACGGAACACAUGAAUUCACCUCUUGGACUGUACCUACGCUUCUCUCUAUUCCUCUUGGCAUCUAUUACUCCCAACACGAUGACGGCAUCUGGUUCCUGGAAUUUGGCGCUUCAAAGGUCGGUCGCCUGGAUCGCCGUACUCACGAGAUCGAGGAGUUCGACCUGCCCCUAGAUGCGCUACAACCUCUAGUUGUGCGUGCCGAAACUGUGAACGAAGAUGGCAGCACGACUCUCUGGUUUGCAUGCACGACUUCAUCCACGAUAACUGGUAUCAACACCCGUACUGGGGGUGUGACUGUAUAUCACGAACCCAACGCUCCCACGGAGACCGUCGAGGUAGCUCAGGAUUUGAAGGGAAAUGUGUGGGCAACGCACAUCUUGCAGAACACUCUGGGCGUGCUCAAUCCAAAGACAGGCAACGUCAGCGUUGUUGUCGAACCCAGUGUCAUCCUUGACACUCCAGGAAUCACAGUCCCAUUCUAUGGUGAAAGCGGCAUCUUCGGAUACGCUGUCGGCCAGCCACCAGGUCAAGGACAGAAAGAUGUUCUCGGCGACUCAAUCUGGUACACGCAUUUCUUGACGAAUCAACUGAUCAGGCUGGAUCUGACAGAUGUGGAGGUUCCUUGA